CCCUGCUGCUCACUGAGCCCAGCCACCGAUCCCGCCCGGACCCACCACCUGCGCCCUCUCCGCCCAGCCAUGGAGGCCAUCAAGAAGAAAAUGCAGAUGCUCAAACUGGACAAGGAGAACGCCAUCGACCGUGCCGAGCAGGCCGAGUCUGACAAGAAGGCUGCGGAGGAGAAGUGCAAGCAGGUGGAGGAGGAGCUGACGCAUCUCCAGAAGAAGCUGAAGGGGACCGAGGACGAGCUGGACAAGUACUCGGAGAACCUGAAGGACGCGCAGGAGAAGCUGGAGCUGACCGAGAAGAAGGCCUCGGACGCUGAAGGAGAUGUGGCAGCUCUCAAUCGACGCAUCCAGCUUGUUGAGGAGGAGUUAGACAGGGCUCAGGAACGACUGGCCACGGCCCUGCAGAAGCUAGAGGAAGCAGAAAAGGCUGCCGAUGAGAGCGAGAGAGGAAUGAAGGUGAUAGAAAACCGGGCCAUGAAAGAUGAGGAGAAGAUGGAGAUCCAGGAGUUGCAGCUCAAAGAGGCCAAGCACAUUGCAGAGGAGGCUGACCGCAAAUACGAGGAGGUAGCUCGUAAGUUGGUCAUCCUGGAGGGCGAGCUGGAGAGAGCAGAGGAGCGUGCCGAGGUGUCUGAACUAAAAUGUGGUGACCUGGAAGAAGAACUCAAGAAUGUCACUAACAACCUGAAAUCGCUGGAGGCUGCCUCUGAAAAGUAUUCUGAAAAGGAGGAUAAAUAUGAAGAAGAAAUUAAACUUCUGUCUGACAAACUGAAAGAGGCCGAGACCCGUGCUGAAUUUGCAGAGAGAACAGUUGCAAAACUGGAAAAAUCUAUUGAUGACCUGGAAGAAAAACUUGCUCAGGCCAAAGAAGAGAACGUGGGCUUACAUCAGACACUGGAUCAGACACUAAAUGAACUUAACUGUAUAUAACCACAUCAGAAGAGUCUUGUUCCAACAGAAGCUCCAGACCUCCGUUUCUUUCUCUUCUCUUGUAAGAAGUUUCUUUUGUUACUGCAUCUACGCAAAUUAGGAGUAUGUGACCAAAUAUUUUGUAUCAGAGAAGCUUUGAGCAUCA